UGAACUGAGUGGACGGUGACAAAUGCGGAAGUGUCAUGGCGCCGUGCUGCAGAAUCAUCAACACUGUCAUGCAGUGUCCCACACAGCACUGGUAGAAACAGUCUGUAAUGACUCUGGGGUUUUGGAUUAAUAUUUCAUAAGGACGUCAGAGGGACAAUAACGAUGUCGGACGCAGGUUCAGGCGACCCUGGUGGUCGUGUGCCGACUCCUGGAGGGAGCGGUAACAAAGGACUCCUGAUGAGCCGUCGCCCGUCAGCUGGCAUCUCUCCUGGCCGCCUCCCCACGAUGCGAUCCAGAGACCUCACAUUAGGAGGAGUGAAGAAGAAAACGUUUACACCCAACAUUAUUGGCCGAAAAGUUAAAGAAGAAACAAAAGUUGAAGAUGGGCAGAGGAGAGAGAGGAAGGAAACGGAUCGAGGUCGGGGUCCCAGAAUGAGAGGCAGGGGCCGAGGCCAUCAAGAGCUCAUCCAGUCGCACUCCAUUUUUGAACAGGGGCCCGGAGACAUGAUGAUGAAAAAGAGAGGCGGCUAUGAAAGCGAGAGAGACGCUCCAAGCAUGGGACCCUCGCCCAUCAUUAAUAUCAAAAAGGAAAAGCGUGAGACCGAGGAGGAGACCAAAGAGAUCCUGCGCAAGCUGGAACAAGACAACUUUGUGGAUGAUCCCUUCCUGCGGAGUGAGAAGAGGAGCUGCCCUGUCCAGCUCCCCCUCGCUGUGUCAGGAUGGGGAUUCAAGGAUGAAUUUAGUGACGCUUCUAUUAAAAAUGAGAAGAAAGAGGAGGAUUGUGAACCAAUGGAGCCUGCAGCUGAAGUGAAACAAGAGCCAGAGGAAAUUGAAAUAAAGAAGCCCGAGGCAACUUGCAGGCCUCCUCCUCUCCCCGAGCCUGAAGUACUCCCUGACCUGUUGCACAGAUGGAGUCUGAGCAAAGCGGAGGAGCUUUUCUUCAUUCAGCUACCAGACUCGCUGCCCGGCCAGCCUCCCACAAAAGAGCACAAGCCGGUGAAAACAGAGGUGCAGUCAGAGGAUGGGCAGUCUGUGCUCCUGAAAACAGAAUCAGAGGAGGAGAAAGCUGAGGACAACAGCUGCAAUCUGAAGGAUCUGCGGGAGGGUGUUGUGGGAAAGAUGCUGGUACGCAAGUCUGGCCGAGUGCAGCUCAUACUGGGGCAGGUGACGCUCGAUGUGUCUCUAGGAACAUCCUGCUCUUUCCUGCAGGAACUUGUCUCUAUCAAUACAGAGGGGAAAACGGGUAACUUGACUGUAUUAGGGAACGUCAAACACAAAAUGGUUUGCUCACCGGACUUUGAAGCUCUGCUGGAGAGCAGUUCUUGAUGCUCAUCAGAGGAGCAGGCGACUGAUCCUCCUCAAGUCCGAUGGACACCUGCGGAGAAGUUGACAAAAGGCUAGAUACUACAAGGCUGCUGCACCCGUAAGGCUUACAAGUAGAGAGGUAGCUGGCUGAGAUUUUGUGUUUACAGAGUGGUUAUAAAACACUAUCUAUAAUUAGGAAACAAAAGUUUUAUUUUCUCUCAUUCAUAGAGUUUAUUAAUUCAUGGUUGUAAGCUUGAAUGACGUGCCAAGUAUCAGUACCAUUUUUCCUUCUCUGUAUCUGAAAUUACUUGAAAAGACUUUACAUGGAUGUAAAUGUGUGAAUAAAAAGGGUCUGUUUUUGUUAUCAAAGUA